AUGCCCCCACCACGCUGCCCUCAGCUCACAAUGUCAGCGUCGCUUGAAACGCCAAAAGUGAAGACGGACGGGCGGGCGGCCAAUGGCCCGAAAAAAGCAAUAGUGGCAUACGAGUGCAAUGCGGUCAUAUGUGCUGCCUCCAGGACGCGGGGUAGCUGGGGGACACGUUGCCCAAAGCGCUCUAGCCUUUCGGCCCGCUCUUACCUGAUCGACCUGUGCGACCAGGAACUCCACAUUGCAGACGCGCCGCCGCUCAUCCAACAGCAACACGGCCUGCUCGAACCAGGUUCGCUUUCGGAACUUCCCUCUCGCUUCUUGCUGCGGCCGGCACUGCAUGUGGCUUGUCCCCAUGGCCCCCCGACGCGCAUCACAGCAGCCUCAUCUGACCAACGACGUGGUCCGGCGUUUUCUCGGCAAUCUGACAUUGCUCACUCUACUUAA